AUGACGGUUUGUCAUGUGAUAUUCUUUAUCCAAUAAAAUUUAUUGAAGAAAAAUACCGCUAAAUACCACAUGCAAACCGCAAACUCAUGACAACAAAUAUGGCGUCCAAAAAAAGCAAGAAAACCUCAAAGAAAACCGAAGGACAGGGCAAUUUUACAUGGACUGACGGACGAAAUUGAGUUGUUGCUUGCGGUUAUUUACGAAUAUAAAAACAGUAAGGAAUCAGAGGGAUUCAACUGGGAGUCAUUUAAGACAAAAUAUCCUCGAAAUCAAGAUGCAGACGAUCAAAGAGAAUUCCCUUUGGGAAAGGGAAAGAAUCCAUCCGAAGUGUUAACAAAGGAGCGAGUUGUUGCCAAAAUAAAAGCUUUGUGAUUAAAGUACCGAAAAGCUUUAGAUUCUGGUAGAAAGAGUGGAGGUGGAAGAGUUGUUGCUCAGUUCUAUGAUAUAUGUUCAAAAAUCUGGAGUGGAAGUCCUGCAGCGGAGGCAAUUGAAGGAGGUAUUGACAGCAGCCUUACGUCAGAAAACACAACAACAGAAACAACCAAUGAUGAGUCGAGUAUUCCACCAGAACCAGUACAAGCUCCGAAUGAUGCUAUGUCAAGCGAUGAAAGUGAAACUAGCACACAAGGUCCUGAUCAUCAUCGAAGAGAUCUAGUGAAGCAUUUACAGGAAAGCAGAAAUGCUAAGCUCAAGAAAAAAAUUCCAGUUGGCAAACAGAUACUUGACAUAACAAAAAAGGAUUUUGAGCUGAAAAGAGAGAUGUGGAGCACAUGA